AAUAACCACCUUUCUAUAUUUAUUCGCUACUGUUUUUCCAAGCUAACAAAAUGUUGGCGGCAACUAGCUAUCGCUAUGAAACAAUGAAGGAGAACAAAAGUUUAAAAGAUGCUUUGAGAAGACAACAAGAAAAAGUCCUGUAUGAGGAUACUCUGGCAAAAGAGGAAAGUGAGCGUAAAAGACAAGAAUUGUUAGAAAGAAAAUCUCAGUGGGUGGAAGCAUCCGAAGGAACAGUAAAUUUCAAAAGAAACCGCAACAAGCAGAGAAAUCUUCAGAACGAGAUUCUACUAACAGCAAAAACUAAUAUUGCGGUAAGGCAAGCAGCCCUUAGAGAACUACUUUCCGCCGAAUGGAAAAUGUAUGAGCAAGAAUUAGAGAAGGCCGAUAGAGCAUUUUACAUUCAAAGACUAUAAAUUAACGUAUUCCUAUAUAUUUAAAAUUUUCUCACAUUCUGCAUCAUUCCAGAAACAUUUUCAAAACUGUUAUCUCUCUUUCUCUGUCAUUUUUUUAAUGAUAGAAACAUCGUACAACGUAUAUAAAAAGCGUUUACACUAUCUGCCAAAAAAUUCUAAAUGAUAUUAUUGUUCUAAGUAUGAAAUUUUGAAAUAAAUGGACAAUUUCCGUCCAUAAAAAAAUUAUCAGUUUGUCUUUAUCAUUUUUUUUUAUUGCACCAAACAAAAACAAACUAUACACAAUGAUAUACUCUCCAAAGAGUUUGUUUACAUUUCUUUCAGUACCAGGCCAUCGUUGGCUUCAUUAAUUAUUUUAAUAUCUUCGUUAUCUAAUCCUAAUUUUCCAAUAUAAAUAUGAUCCAUACUCUUCCAACGAUUAUCUCCGUCAAUAACCGAUGUAUUGCGAAGAUCUAAUUUAGAAACAUGACUGAGACCGAGUAAAGUAUCAUCCGUCAAUUCACUAAUCUCAUUGAAUUGAAGACUAAUGCUGCUUAAUUGCUUCAUUUUAGUUAAACAUUCUGGAAUGUUUGUUAAUUUAUUUCUAUCCAAAUUCAAAUAGAAUAGAUUCUGAAGGUUGUAAAAAUCUGUAGGUAAAUAUAACAAUUCAUUAUCGCACAUGUUCAACCAACUCAGUGAUUUCAGUUUGAUGAAAUUUUCAGGAAAUCUGUUAAUGUUAUUACUCUUUGCGGAUAGAAUUUUCAAAUUAACUAACUCGCAAAUUCCGUCCGGUAAAUAGGUUAACUGAACUUCUGAUAUAAAUAAUUCGGAUAAAUUAAGUAAAGAAGCAAUUUGUUCUGGCAAAAUUGUUAAGGGAUUUCCAUUUAGAAUUAGAGUAUUCAACUUUUGAAGUUUACAAAUUUCACCAGGUAGCAUAGUUAACCCGUUAUUUUCUAAAGAUAAUACAGUCAAAUUUGUUAAUGCACAUAAUUCAACAGGAGGCAUUGCUAAUUUGUUAUCGUUUAAAUACAAUUCAUUUAUAUGUUGAGCUUGAAUGAUGCUUGGAUUCAAAACAAAUAUCGAGCGAAACGAUAGAUUAAGUAGAUUAUAUCCAUGUUUAACACAAUUCUUAAUUAGAUCCUCUACAUCCAAUUGACUAUUCAUUUUGGGCCACCGGCCUUAUAAUUGAUUACCCAAAUUUUUUAUCUAGCAGAAGAACUAUUACAAAAUAAAUAAGGAAAACCUAGUACCACUAACGCCAUCUGGAAAAUAGUGGAAGUUUACAACGGAAAUCUUCUCGAUCAUUCAUUCUUAUAGAUUUUUUAUUUAUUAAAUAAAUUGAUAAUAAAAUAUUCUUUUAAUAAAAAUGAAAUUCGAACAUAUGAUUAAAAAAAUUCUCAAGUUCAAGGCUAUUGGUUUGAGCAUUUUCGGCAAAAAGACGAAAAUGCUGCCUAACCGUCUCGUUAAUUUACGUUUACCACUCUUAAGAUUUUCUCAAGCGAUUAAUAUACGAAGGACAGAGCAGAGAGCAAAGCAUGCCGGAGCUGAGAAUGACAAUCCAGUAAAUUACACGUCGAGUCCUGCACAUAGCCAUAAGAGUUACGACACUUUCUUCCCUCAACAAAAAUACGACAGACCAUGGUAUCAACCAAUCAGCGUAUUAGUUUCAACUGCCGCCUUCCUAAUAUACUUUCUCGUUUUGAGAGAAGAGAACGACCUCGACGAUCGUGUUCAAAGAUCAUUGUACGAACAUUUUCCUUCUAUGGAAGAAAGUCAGUUGAAAACUUAUAUAGAUUAUGAAAAGGAGAAAGGUGGGAACGUUGAUAUGCACGAGAAACGAUUAUCAGAAUUUAAAAAUAAAAAAUAA